AUGGCACAGAAGGGAGAGAAGGUAUCUACGUUGAUCAUUGAAUCCAACCUGGAAUGCGAGAAAUGUUACAGGAAGAUUCAGAAAGUACUAUGCAAACUCCAAGAGAAGGAGAAGAUCAGGACCAUCAAUUUCGAGACGAAGAAUAACACGGUGACAAUCUCCGGACCAUUCGAUCCGGUGAAGCUGUCGCGGAAGCUGCGAUGCAAGGCCUGCGAGGCGAUCAAGGACAUCAAGAUCGUAGAAGAGAAGAAGCCUGAGCCAAAGAAGGAAGAGAAGAAGCCCGAGCCAAAGAAGGAAGAGAAGAAGCCUGAGCCAAAGAAGGAGGACUGCUGUAAGUGCUGCAAGAAACCCGACGAGAAGAAGCCGGAGGAGAAGAAGCCUGAGGAGAAGAAGCCGGAGGAGAAGAAAAAACCCGACGAGAAGAAACCGGACGAGAAGCCUAAGCCAAAGGAGGACCCCAAACCGGCGGCCGCACCGGCGCCGCCGUCCACGACUGUGAACCUGCAGUUCACGCAGAUCUGCAACCUGUGCUACCCGUGGCCGUGCAGCGACCCGAGCCACUGGGGCGGCAUCCAUCAGUACCCGCAGCCGCAGCCCCAGCCCAAGCAGCCGGCGCCGCAACCGCAGUGGCCGUGCGAGCCGCCGACGAUGCCGGCGCUCCCCGGCCCCGGCCACCACCACCCGUGCCCGCCCUGGGCGCCGGCGACUCCGAAGAGGCAGCCGUGCGGAGGCCCUUCGUACUGCGGAGGGUGCGGCUCGUGCGGCGGCGGCUAUAAUGGAUGGCCACCGGCGAUGCCGACACCACUGCAGAUGAUGCAGCCACCGCCGAUGAUGGGCUGCGGGGGGCCGGCAUCGUCCUGCAGAGGGUGCAAAGGUUGCCGGAUCGUGCAGGAGGGUAGGUUCAUCUACGAGGAGUACCCGCCGAAUUCGUGCACCGUCAUGUGA